AUGCGUUUUUUCCGUAGGGAGGGUCGACAAGGGGAUGCUGUGGCGCGUUUGGCAGCGUUGGUGAGCGUCGAUAUAUCCGUUUUUCUUAUUUCUGCUGUAUACACGACGUACCUCAUAGCAUCGAGUAAUCCACGUUCAUUAUCAUGGUUCGCGUACCACCCGCCAUUACAAAUGGCUUCUAUAGCGCUUUUCACGCUGGGCAUUCUAACACUCCAACCAACAAGCCAACCAAAGACGAAAGCGGCCGGACUCGUACGCCACCAAUUAUGUAUGCUUCUUGCUGGUGCACCGCUACUUGCAACUGGGACGUGGGUUAUUUAUCAUAACAAGGAUAUCAAUGCGCGAAAACACUUCACGACUUGGCAUGGAACAAUUGGUAUAAUUGCUGUCAGCUGGUUAACAGUACAAACCAUCAUCGGUUGCGCAAGCGUAUGGUUCGGUGGCGCAGCACUUGGCGGAGGUAUGAAAGCCAAAAGUGUAUGGAAAUAUCAUAGAGCAUCAGGCUACGUUUUAUACCCUCUCCUCAUGUACGCCGCACACCUCGGCGGCGCAUGGUCGACCUUCUCGAAUAGCCACGCAGGUCAUCUCAUGCGGCUCAUAGCAUAUUCCAUCGGACCUAUCAUUACGGUUGUCGCCGUUUACAGCAGGAUAAGACCAUCAAAAAUGAAGUUCUUCUGA